AUGUUUACUUGCAUAAACUGUACUAAAAUGGCUGACAGAGAUUAUGAAGAAGACGAAGAUGGAGCCCGUGGAAGCACCACUCCCAACACUAAAGAUGCCGUUAAAAGCCUAACUACACAGAUGAAAGAUAUGGCCUCGAAGUUCUCGGGUGGUUCUAAACAAUCCAAGCCACCCUCCGGCUCCUCAAGCAGCAACUUGAGAAAAGAGCAGAGAAAGUACCAAGAUUUCGACACUGGUUCGGAUAGUGUUCCAUACCACCCUUAUAUGGGUGGUGGAAGCACGAGUUCCAGUGCUGCCUGGGACUUCGCAAGCUCCUCCCACCAUCAAGUUGAACGGGGAGACUCAAGACUCACAUCAAUCUAUGGAGGUGAAAGAGAAUCCGUGUCUUCUCAGUCAUGUGAUGUGGUACUAGAGGAUGAGGAGCCAAAAGAUUGGAUGGCUCAAGUAGAGCCUGGUGUUCACAUUACAUUCGUUUCACUUCCUAGUGGAGGAAAUGAUCUUAAACGUAUACGUUUCAGCCGGGAUGUGUUUGACAAGUGGCAAGCUCAGAGGUGGUGGGGUGAGAACUAUGACAGAAUAGUUGAGCUUUACAAUGUUCAAAGAUUUAACCGGCAAGCCCUUCAAACUCUUGGUAGAUCCGAAGACCAGUCACAGAGAGAUUCAACUUACACAAGAAUAGAAUCAGCAAGAGAAAGCAGAGACUGGACUCCAAGAAACAACUACAAGCUUCCAGGUAGCAGCAGCAUCCCACAUAACUUUUAUGGAGCUACAAUGGAUGCAGCACGAACCACCACCUCAUCUAGGGAAGAGCCGUCUAUUAUCAGUAACGCUAGUGAUAUGCACUCAGAGUGGGUUGAAGAGGACGAGCCAGGGGUUUAUAUUACAAUCAGACAGUUACCAGAUGGAACCAGAGAACUACGCCGUGUAAGAUUCAGUGGGGAACGGUUUGGGGAAGUGCAUGCUAAAACAUGGUGGGAGCAGAACAGAGACAGAAUACAAACACAAUACCUCUAA